AUGGAGGAUGAAGAUGGGACUUGUCUAUUUGAUGUUUUGUGUGACCCCCAAGCCCUGAACGACUUCCUUCAUGGGACCAAUGAGCUGCCGACUGAGGACCUGCUCAUUAGCUCCUCCUCUGGGGACACCUCCCUCUUUGCCGACGCCCCGAGCCCUGUCUCUCUGCUGGGCGAUGGCGGUGAUUCCCCAGACACGCCCCCCCCCGGGUGUGUGGACCUGUCCUUCCUGGAGGAGGCUCUCCUGUCAUCGCCGGAGGGUGGAGACCUGCAGGAGGUGCAGGGUGGGCAGCCUGUGGAGGGGGGGUGUGAGGCGAAGGAGGGAGCGGUGCCGGAGGUGGAGGAGGUGGAGGAGGAGGAGGAGGAGGAGGAGGUGGCGUGUGACAUCCUGCAGCAGAGCCUCCAGGAGGCCGACAUCACGGAGCAGACCAUGGCUCUGGAGGCAGGUCUCACCCACCCCGGGGACAGCCUCUCCCUCUACUCGCCCGCUCCUCUCCUCUCUCCUCCCCCGGCACAUUUCCUAACCAAGACCGUGACCUUGCCCGCCCCCCCGGCGCUGCCCAGGGACACCCAGGCAGCAGUGGAGCCCCCCCAGCCCUCGCUCCUGGCUGUCGGGCCCGGCUGCCCCUCUCUCAAACCGGCUGCACCUCCUCAGCUGAUGGGCCUCCUGCCUGGAAGCGUGUUCCCUGCUCCGUCCCCAGAGACCUCCUUCUCUCUGGGUCCCGCCCACGGCUCCAGUAUGAUCCUCCACAAGGCGGUUCCCAGUGUGACCAGUCGUCCUCUCUUCACUCCGUCCCUGAGACCAGGGGUCCUGCUGCCGAGGGGUCCGCUCCACAUCCAGCCCAAGCUCCCAGUCAGCAUCCAGCCCAGACUGGUUCAGAUCAGCCCCAAGCCUUCCGGGCAGAAACCCACCCCGGGUCUGACCUUCGUCCCUGGGACCGGCUCACCAAAUAUCCUACUGUCCCAAACCCCCGGCCAGAAGCCCACCGCCCCCCGGCCGCAGCCCGGCCAGCAGCUCCACAAACCAGUCAGCCUGCAGCUGGUCAACCAGGGCGGCUCCUUCGUGCUCCGGCCUCAGGGACUCUUCCAGGGCCAGAACCAGUUCCUCCUCCCAGGCCAGUCCCCGGUCACCAUCUCCCAGCCGGCCGGUGGGACUCGAGCGCUGCUGGCUCCCGGUCACCAGGGGGCGUCGGCCACCGGGACGCUGGUGGACGGCUCUCAGAUCCUCACCGUGCCCCAGAGGCAGCUGAACUUCAGCCCGGUCUUCACCACCCCCACCGGGCAGCUCGCCCUCCGCCAGGCCACCGUGCUUUCAGGACCCUUGCAUCUACAGUCGGCCCCCCCCACUGUCUUCCAGAUGCCGGCCCAGCUGGCUGGAGCCUACACCGCCCCGGGGGGGCUGGGGCAGCGUGCCACCCUGCUCCACGGUCCCGCUCUGGGAAACCACAUCACCUUGAUCAACAGCUCGGGGGUGCUUCCCCAGGAUCUCACGUCCAUCUCCAUCGUCAACGGGCCCUUCGCUGCCCAGGGCCCGGCGGGGGGGGCGUCUGUGGUGCUGCUGCCGGAGAGAAGUGUUCCGGAGGAGAGGAGCAGCUCCGAGGAGACGUUCCACCAGCUGCAGCAGCCGUACGGACAUGUGCUCCAGCACAUCUCUGUGCACCCCCCCUCCGCCGGGCCGCACCCCCCCUCCGCCGGGCCGCACCCCCCCUCCGCUGGGCCGCAGACCCCCUCUCCUCCUGUCGUCACCGUCCUGCAGCCUCCUCCUGAACCUCCUCAGGCCCCCAACCCAGCUGCAGAGAUGCCCAAACUCCUGAUGCCUCCAGCGGACAUGACCCAGGUGGUGGAGGAGGUGACCGGGUCCAUGAGCCAGGACCAGGACCAGAACCAGGCCUUUAUGCAACAUUUGCAACAGCAAGCACUUAACUCUCCCAUCGCCUCUGAUCUGCUGGUUGGAGCGAUGCCAGUGGUGCCGAUGGAGAUCCUCUCCUCCCCAGUGGCCGAGGAGAGAGAGACCCAGCCUCAGACCCACCCAGUCCCAGAGCCGGACCCCCACAGCGUGACCUGUGACCAGCGGGUGGAGGCUUCUCCGCUCAGCUCGGACCCUGAGGACACACUCUGCUCCUCCCCUCCUCCCCACCUCCUUCAGGACACAGGGACAACAGCUCCGGCAGCGUUCUCCCCCCCAGCCGCAGCUCAGAUGACUCCUCCUGCACCUGAGGGGUCGGCUCCACAGCUCCUCAUCCAGCCCCAAGCCCAGUAUCAGGCCCAGCUCCAGCUCCAGGUCCCACAGGCCUUAUUCGGCCAGAACCAGGUGUCCUCGAGCCACACUCCCGCCCCCAGCUCCUCCUCCUCCUCCUCUCCGGUGCUGGUCAGCGUCCCGGUGCCUCAGCAGCAGCCGGAUCCCCCCGCUGCUCGUCUCUCUGAAGGAGGAGACGACUCCGCUGAGCAACAGCAAACACAAAACAAGCCGACAGCUGCCUUGGCCGUGGAGAGUAAAGUGUUUCCUCUCGAUGUCCGUCCUCGUUCUCCUGCAGACCACCAUGUCCCCGGACCCCCGGCUCCCAGGGACUGUGGCCCCCCCGUCCAGACCAGCCAGCAGACAGGCACCAAGCUGGCAGUUUGUCUGGAGCAGCAGAGAGAGGACAGGAUCACACCAGCAAUACGCCGGCACAGGUUCCAGCAGCAGCUGUGUUCGGACCAGGCAGACGUUCAGCACCCGUUCACCGGCCCGGCCUUUCCCACCCUGAAGGACGCCGUCCGACGCCUGCUGCCGUACCACGCGUGUGCCGGUCACCUGCCGAGCCAGAGCGACUUCGCUUUAGUGGACCAGGAGUUUGACUCUGUGUCCGGUUUCCUGCUGAAACGCACCAAGGACAUGAUCAACAAAUACAGGCAGCUACUGGUCCGAGAAACUCAGCAGGAGAGUCCCUCAGCGGAGAUGGUGAUGCUGGAGCGUCUCUUCCUUCAGGCCGAGCGAUUCGCCUUAGCCGAGGACAGACGCCGAGCCCGCAGAGACCCAGAGUCGUUCAUGAUGGCCUUGACUACAUCAGCGUCUUCCCCUCAUGAAGCCCCCCCCUCCGGCCCCUCCCACCGGGUCUCCUCCGGCAGCCCCUCCUCCCCCCCGGCCUGGACCCGGCUCUCUGACCGCCCCCCCGGUCUGAAGACGUACCGCUCCAGCUCGCGCGGCGCCCUGCGACUCACCAUCAAGCAGGAGGCGGGCUCCCGCAAGGUGGUGCACAACUCGCUGUGCGAGCCCGGCCUCAAGAGGGAUCACACGGGCCAGCUGACCAACGGGGGCGGAGCCGUGAGCGAGCACCACUCCCAGCAGGCGCCCAACAGAGCGCCCCCCCGUCCCCAGCCCGAGGAGCAGGUGGUGAACGGGGGUCCGCAGAGCGACGCUGAACAGGAAGUCCCACCGACGGCACCCGAUCCCAAAGUAAAAGCACCACGUCCUCUCUCUCUGCCAGAGCCUCAGGCCGCUUGCUUUGAGUCGCCCCCCCGAGACGUCAGUGCCCCAAAACUGAAAUGUUACAGGUUGGAGGCGGGGCCUCAGCCGGAGCCGCCUCCCCCCCCCCUCCAAGAGGACCACAUGCUCAGCGAACACCUGCAGAGCGCCAUCGACAGCAUCCUGGAGCUGCAGCGCCUGCAGGGCCCCCCUGCAGCCCCCCCCAGGGCCCCCUCAGGGCCGGCCCUGGACCAGGCGGUCACCAGCGUCCUGGAGGGACACCUGUGA